AUGGAUAACCCAAAUUGCAGUAACCUACGAAUAAUCAAAAUAAUACGAGACGGAUAUGCUCCCGCGCCAAGAAUUUAUUACAUGAUAUCCGAGUCAAUUUUCUUUGGAAUGCUAUUCUCAAGUUUGGAUAAACUAGGAACAGAUGAUAAAGCAGACAGGAAAAUAAAACGUUUUCGUCUUUUCCAAGCAGUAUUUUUAUCGACCGAUCUUGUUCUCAUACUUGCAAUGAUAAUUUACCGGAUAUCGGCAACCUUUAAACACGUGCCCACAUACGAUUAUGCUGACGAGUUUUGUACAGCAUUUACUGUGUACAAUAUGACAAGGUUUGGUCUUACGUUACCAAAACUUUUCAAGAAUUCGCAAGGAGAACAUUUUAGUACUUCCACGACCAUUUCACCUUUAACUUCUCGAGGUUCCCCUAUUCCUUUAACUCCUAUUACUCCCGCUGAAGUUAUGAGACGUCUUAAGGGAUAUGAUUAUCCCGAUUCCGAUGAAUACAAUAAAAUGAUAGAUUUUCAGUUUGAAAACGGCGCAUACUUCGACAAAGAUCGAGAUUUGAAAAAUGAGAUUUAA